CAGGACGCGUUGCGCGGCCCGGGCCGGAAGUCAGCGAGUUCCCGGGUGUGUGUCUGUGUCUGUCUGUGUCUGUCUGUGUCUCGCAGCCGCGCGUGGCCACCUUCAAGUGCUGGGGGUUCCGGUCUGAGGCGUCACCGCUGUCACUGCCAUCACCCCACGGAGCCACUUCUCGAGGGGAGUAGGCCCGGCCUUCCGCCGGGCAGAGAAGAUGUUGCCCCUGUCCAUCAAGGAUGAUGAAUACAAACCAGCCAAGUUCAAUCUGUUCGGCAAGAUCUCGGGCUGGUUUAGGUCUAUCCUGUCGGACAAGACGUCCCGGAACCUGUUUUUCUUCCUGUGCCUGAACCUCUCUUUCGCUUUUGUGGAACUACUCUAUGGCAUCUGGAGCAACUGCUUAGGUUUGAUCUCCGACUCUUUUCACAUGUUUUUCGAUAGCACUGCCAUUUUGGCUGGAUUGGCAGCUUCUGUUAUUUCAAAAUGGAGAGAUAAUGAUGCUUUCUCCUAUGGGUAUGUUAGAGCGGAAGUUCUGGCUGGGUUUGUCAAUGGCCUAUUUUUGAUCUUCACUGCUUUUUUUAUUUUCUCAGAAGGAGUUGAGAGAGCAUUAGCGCCUCCAGAUGUACACCACGAGAGACUGCUGCUUGUUUCAGUUCUUGGGUUCGUGGUAAACCUAAUAGGAAUAUUUGUUUUCAAGCAUGGAGGUCAUGGACAUUCUCAUGGCUCUGGCCAUGGACACAGUCAUUCCCUCUUUAAUGGUGCUCUAGAUCCAGCACAUGGCCAUGGAGAACAUUGCCAUAGUCAUGAAGUGAAGCAUGGUGCUGCACAUAGCCAUGAUCAUGCUCAUGGACAUGGACAUUUUCAUUCUCAUGAUGGUCCCUCCUUAAAAGAAACAACAGGACCCAGCAGACAGAUUUUACAAGGUGUAUUUUUACACAUUCUAGCAGAUACACUUGGGAGUAUUGGUGUAAUUGCCUCUGCAAUCAUGAUGCAGAAUUUUGGUUUGAUGAUAGCAGAUCCUAUCUGUUCCAUCCUUAUAGCCUUGCUUAUAGUUAUAAGUGUUAUUCCUCUUUUAAAAGAGUCUGUUGGGAUAUUAAUGCAGAGAACUCCUCCCCUGUUGGAAAAUACUCUGCCUCAGUGCUAUCAAAGGGUGCAGCAGUUGCAAGGAGUUUAUAGUUUACAAGAACAGCACUUCUGGACUUUAUGUUCUGAUGUUUACAUUGGGACCUUGAAAUUAAUAGUAGCACCUGAUGCUGAUGCCAGAUGGAUUUUAAGCCAAACACAUAAUAUUUUCACUCAGGCUGGAGUGAGACAGCUUUAUGUACAGAUUGACUUUGCAGCCAUGUAGUAAAUGAACAGAAUGUUUUUCUUUUUUUUUUGACCAAAUUUUUCAGGUACUGUACAAUCUGAAACAUUGUACUAAGCUCUUUAAAAUAGAGAUAUCAUCACUACAACUCCCCAACACUAUUCGUCAAAGACCAGGUAGAGUCCUCCAUUUGGGGAGUUCACCGCUAAGGGAUCACAGUUAAGAGGAUAUCUCCUGGACUGCUGGUCUUGUCAUUUGUGCUCUUCCCUCCAAGCCAUUCUGGUUUCUGAGGUUUCUGGUUUUGUUCUAGGGGGUUGAUUUGUCCUUUUUUUUCCCCACUUCAGGGGGUGGGAGGGGAUUUCGUGAAUGCCCUUGCCCUGUCCCUCAUCCCAGCUGGUGAGAGAUUCAGACUGUGGGCUUCCAGUCAUUUGGAAUGUCUUCACUGAAGCUGCUGGAAACCACUGCUUUUAUUCCCACAAAACCAGUGUUAUUUAAAAAGAAAUGGAAAUCUGUUUUAUAUGUAAUGUCACAGUUGUUGACGUUCUUCAGUAUAAUCAUAUGUUUGUAAAAUUGUUUGUACCUUGCAAACUUAUGAACCAAACCAUAUUGGGUUUUCAAAGUGCCUUUGUAUCAGAAAAUGUAUUUGCCAGCAUAGAAAUGUACCAACAAAGGUCAUGUAUGUGUUUUUUUAAAUGGAUAUUCUGUAAUAUGUACAAAACAUGACUCUUGCUUAGAAUACUGAUCAUUUUUUUGUGUGUACUUCCAGCAUCGGUUUAGAUACAUGAAGUUUCUUUUUAUUGUUUUAUCUCAUCAAAAAAAAAUAAUAAAUAAAAGGUAUUAUUUUGCUUUUUAAAACAAAUUCAAUAAUCAUAUCAAAUUACUUUGUGGAUUGGAUUUUCAAAACUUUGAAAAUGUAACAGAGAAAAUUGUUUUGAACUAAAACAUUUGCUAAAUUCCAAAUUUCUGUAAAGGUUCUGUGUUUGUGAUAAAUUUUCCAAUAGCUCUCCUUCUCCCCAUUUUUAUGAAUUUUAUUAAUGUUUGGAAAUGGCAGUGUAGACUGAAGGCAGAAAUGGUUGUCAUAGCAUUAAUGUGCAUUUUCAUUUAAUGCCAAGUCAUACAGUUUGUUUUCCUGUUUAAGCUUUGCACAAAUAUGAUUGGUUCCAGGAAUACUACACAGCAUUUGAUUGAGUUUGAAUUAUUUAAGGUACGGAGCAAAUGUGGUGAUGUAGAACUCUUUCUGACACAGGUACCUUAGAAGUACAAGAUAAGUUGAAUUUCUAGGUUCUUGUGUAUUUGAAAAAUAAAAUUGCAAUUUGAGACAAGUGCUUCAACACGCUACUUAAGUAUUCUCUUUAUGAAGAGAUACUGAUUUGGAUAAACAUUUUCCCAUUGUUACUUCUUUUUAUCACAACAUAUAUUCCCUUUUACUUUAGAACACUGAAAUCAUUGAGGGGGAAUCUUGGCAGAACAAAAAUGCAGAGAAGAGUGUGUGUAGGUAAGGUGACAAAAGUCAUUGUUGAUUUUGCAUAGGUUUUAGAGUAUCCUUUCCCCUACUUCUGAUUUACCAUUUAAGAACUAUUCUAUAUUAGAAAACCACCACCACUUUCUUCAUGCUUUUCUAACUGUUAUAGCUUACCAUGAACUGACCGUUCAGGACAUGUUUGUUCACUUCUAGGUAGUUUGAAAGCUAAGAAUUUCUGCAGUAGAUUGUGUUUAAUUGAAAAAGAUCCUUUAGGAGGGAAAGUACAAAAGGAAAUGUGGUCUACUAGUAUUGCUUUUUCAUUACAAGUGUAAGUAGUCAUUUGGAAGUUUGAACCACCACUAAGUCUGAUAGAACUUUGGGAUAGUCUGUGGGUUUUGGCAUAUUACAGAAAAUGACAGGUCUAGAUGAAGGCAGAGAUUUUGGAUGUAUGCCUUUACAAACUAAUUAUACAUAACUAUACUGACAUUUCACAUAUGGAGAUAAUUGCAUUGGUUUGUAAAUUUUACCAGUGUAUUUUGAAGAUCCAGUUUUGCCUUAAAACUAAGCACUCCAUUCCAAGUGAAAUUUUUGUCAAAAUAUACAUCACUUUAUUUAACUGUACCCUCAAUGCACAAAUCCAUGAGUAUGGUUUUUUCCCCUUAGAUGAGUGUUGGAUAUGAAACUCUUAGUUUUGUACUUGUUUCAAGAAAUUUCCAGAUCAUACCAUUGAGCAGGUUGACAGUAACAUUGCUUUAAUUAAAUGUCAGUAUACCUGUGUGUAACAGCAGAAAAGAAUUAUUGUGAGAAAAAGCAACAUUUUUCUCACAGGAAUUAAUUGCUAUAUUACUAAGAUAGAUAAUUUCACUGAGAAAUACCACCUGUUUAUGGUUGUAAAUUUAGACUGUCUUUAGCAUUAGGCCCUUGCAAAACAAAAACCAUGCAUAUUUGAGUGUAAAUUUGCCAGUAUUCCAAAAAUCAGAAUAUUCUCUAGAAAACAAAUUUGUAUUGCUCAGGGAAAAAGUUUACUUUGACAAGUAAGCUUUCCCAAACAGAAAUACACCUGUUUUAGUUGUCUCUUUUAAAAUUCAUUUUAUUACUGAAGAUGAAGGUCUUGACACAUGCAUAACUUCCUGAUUUGCUAACUCCCCAUGCAUCUUGGUGAAGGACAGUAUCUAGUUUAUCUGUAGGUUACUUACUGUUCCUCAUGCUAUCACUUGUACCAUUCUUCUGCAAUGGAGGCAAAAGAAAGGUAAAACAGGUGUCACUGGUAAGGUGAUUUCACUUUGUCUGAAAUGUUUCAGCAGUCUUCAAAGCCUACACGUAUUUACCAGUAACCCAGAUACUGUAAUUUUUGUGUACCUCUGUAAAGCUGACUAGAGUUCCGUAAUGUUUUACCUCCUAUGGAAUAAGCAGUUUUUACAAAUGUCAAUAUGGUACAUAUUGCUGGGAUUUAAGAAUAACAUUACUUAACAAAAUUUUACAUCUAAGCAAGGACUUUGCUUAGAAGCAGUCUAGCUCUACCUCUCAUUUUACAGAUGAGGAAACUGAAGCCCAGUAAAGCUGUAAUUUACUCAAGAUUCAGAGAUCUUUAGUGGCAAAGCUAAGACUAGAAUUUAGAUCUUCUGACUCCAAGUUGAGAGUUUUUUAUUGUGCUGACUCUUCAGCGUAAUAUUUGCCUUUCUGUAAUUGUGAUUUGUCAUUUGUAAAUAAAGGCUAUCCGAUCAACGUUUUUGGUACAUUAAGGCACUUUAUGAAUGUAAUUUUGUCUCCUUUUUCAUAACUAAUUAUGAAGCUUAGAUUUUUCCAUAUUCUUUGUGUAAAACUAAUUUUUUUUUACUUUUUUUAUUCUUGUGGAACUAAUUCCUAAUUUUUUUAAUGAUGACAUCUUUACAGUGAAUACUUCUGUGAGCAAAAUGUUCCUUUUAAUUUUCCAAGACCCAAUUCAGUUUAAGGAUUGCUGAGUUUCCCUUUUUGUUUAUAUUCUGUGAGCUGGUACUUUUUAGAAACCAAGUGAAUCACAGGUUAUAUCAUUUCAAUCUUGCCACUUUGCAUUUCAGUCACUGGAGAAAUUUUUUAUUUCUGAAAUCCUUGGAGCCAUUUUUUUAAAAAUGUAUUAAAUGUAUUGAAGGAAUUUUUCAAUUCAGUAAGGUAAAGUCUUGAAAUCUUAGUAGAAUUCCAAAUGUUAAACCAUUACUUCCAAUUUUUCAUUAAGACAUUAUCUUUAGGAAAUUAAGGGUUUUUUUUUCUUUUUUACAAAAGCCACCAUUUUUUUAAACAAAUUAUUUUCCAAUUCACAAGAACCAUGGAAGUUUUAUUCCUUAAAAAACAUUUUUGACAAGUUGUAUCAAGACUAUUUUGUGAUCCUCCAAAAGCCUUAGUGACUCAGAUUCCCACCACAGAAUCAAGAGAGACUCGAUAAUGAAAAAUUUUAAUGUACCAAAAAGUGUUUGCAGAAAAGGAGCAGGGAAGUAUAGUUCUGUUUAAAGGCCAAAUGGAUGGGAGCCUUCUUGAUGAGGGCAUCUUUGGUUUAACAUUUCCUAACUGCAGAUUAUACAGAAAACAGGGUGGAGAAUAACAGUUAUUCAGUAUUAUGUGCCAUGCACAUAGUGGCCUUUCUCAUGUUAUCACAUUUAAUCCACACAUUUCUAUAAAGAAUGGAUUUUGCAUGACUUUUACUGAGGGCAGUUUCAAAUAUAUUUUCUAAUUCUCAUAACAUGAGGAAGGAAUUCUUAUCCCCUUGUUAGAUGAAGUUGUGUCAAGAGAAUUUUAAGUAAGUUGCCUAGGGUAGAGCACCAAGUCCAAACCCAGCAUUUUUUCUGAUAACUACUUGUUUUGUGUAUGUCAUUCAACAGUACUUUCCAGAUCCAAGACAUAGCAGAUCUAAAGAGACUCUCCUAGAAAGCCAGCCAAUGGAUUACCAUGACAGAAUUAAUUUUGGGCAACAGUUGUUAUAAAUUAUUUAAACUCACUCCUUUCUGUACUCUUAUGCUUAUUUUCUAUUUUGGCUAUUUAUGUAAAACUAUGCAGGCUGAAAAGAGUAAUCAGAAGUUCUUAAACACUUUUAAGGCCAUUAAAAAAAAAAAAAAAGAAGAAGAAGAAACAAAAUUUUAUU